UAUGAUGAAUUCUUUGAACAUCUUUCAAACUCCACUGAGAUCGCUGGAUCUCAUCUCACUGAAACACAUUCGUAAUGGGAAUGUGUUCAUUGCUCUCAACUCCCAACUGUGUUAUGCAGACACAAUUAACUGGACAACAGUUCUGACCCAUAAAGAUCAGCAAGUGAAAAUUCGUGGCAAUCGGACACCGGGCCAAUGUGCAAAGGACGGAGAAGUCUGUGACACUCAGUGUGGAACCUUCGGCUGCUGGGGGAAAGGCCCAAACAAAUGUUUGAAAUGUGCUAACUAUGUUUACGAAGACGAGUUACUGUGCCUGAAUAAAUGCACAGACAUAGCUAGACUGUACCACGAAGGAGAAGGCAAAUGUAUGCUGUGUCAUAAAGAGUGUGCCAACACUUGUAAUGGGACGAAAAACACUGACUGUGACAAGUGUGCCCACGUUGCCAUGAGAAACAAGCUGGGCGUGGACAUCUGCGAGGAAAGCUGUGGCGAGAGCAUGUAUCCUGACCACAACAGAAUUUGCCAGCCUUGUCAUCCAAACUGUGGCCAAAAUGGCUGCACAGGACCAGAAAAAAUUGUUGGACCUAAUGGGUGCAAAAUUUGUGAUAUUGGAAUUCGGGAGAGCUCUGAUGGCAUAAUAGAAUGCUUACCGGUCGAUGCCAUCUGUCAAGAUGGCUACCACAAUAGCCUAAGCCCUCGAAGUAAAUUUUCAAGAUCAUUCCCGGUGUGUGAAAGAUGUCAUGAGUACUGCAUCACAUGUACAGGACCAACAACACAAUUUUGCACUGAGUGCAAGCACUUCAAAGAUGGAAAGUACUGUGUGAAAGAAUGUCCAAACUUCAAAUACGGAGAUCAUGUGACCCGACUGUGUGAGAAAUGUGACCCUCAGUGUCGAUCUGGAUGUUUUGGCCCAACAUCUGCUGAUUGUAUGGCUUGUGCAAAUUUUAAGAUCUACACAGACAUGGAGAAUAAAACUUUUAACUGUACGCCUGAGUGUCCUGCUGACCUGCCAUUUUUGGUUAAAGAGAUGGAGACGGAUGAGAAUCGAGUGGUUUGUGCUGAUGCCACACACCCGGAUGUUAGUGCUUCUCAGUUAAGGAAUGCUGAAGAAGAGAAGCAUAAACUGAGCGUCAUCCUCGGAGUGACCGUUCCGUUGACCAUCAUCUUAGUUAUUAUGGCCAUAAUUGUGACCUACUUUUGUCACAAGCGAGCUCAAAACAACAUGAAAGCAGCCGAGUAUACCGCCAAGAUUGCUGGAGUUGAAGAGAUUGAG